GCGGCUGGCGACGUCACUUCCGGUCUGAGGUGCGCGCGCAGCCUCUCUUCCUUUCCUUUCCUUUUUCUCUCUUCCGGUGUGGCCUCCGUUCCUUCCCCAGCCAUGGCGAUCCGGUACCCAAUGGCCGUCGGCCUAAACAAGGGCCACAAAGUGACGAAGAACGUGUCCAAGCCCCGCCAGUGCCGGCGCCGUGGGCGCCUCACCAAACAUACCAAGUUUGUGCGGGACAUGAUCCGGGAGGUGUGUGGUUUUGCUCCCUACGAGAGACGUGCCAUGGAGCUCCUCAAGGUCUCCAAAGACAAGCGAGCCCUGAAAUUCAUCAAGAAGAGGGUUGGGACUCACAUCCGGGCCAAGCGGAAGCGGGAAGAGCUCAGCAGCGUCCUGGCCGCCAUGAGGAAAGCCGCCGCCAAGAAGGACUAAAGCUGGCCUGCCUCCCCUCUUUCUCCAAAUAAAGCUAACUUAAAAACAA